AUGAGCCACCCUACCGUUGACGACGGCUCGUUGGCCGAAGUCAUAAGUUCCUUGAAAUCCAUCCAGCAGACUCAGUCUGACCUUGUGGCUGCCGUCGACUUGCUGAGCCAACGAUACCAACAGCUGCCUGUUGAUCCUGAUGCCGCCACACUCGGUCCAAAUUCAUCUCUCGGCGAGGUCCCUGAAAGAACUCGAACCCCCGAGCCUUCCGAUACCGUUGGUGAUUCUGCCAAGAGCUCUUCGUCCGAUUUGGCCUUGCAGGCCCCAGCUGUGCCCUCGUCACCCAGCCAGCGAUCCGGCCUCACCUCCCGCAUCAUUCUAACGACUUAUCCAAAGCAGAUCGGCAUCAACCCUCUCCCCAUGAACUGGGGCGAAUCGGACCCCCAUCGUCGUGGCCCAGUUGUUGUUUCUCGUUCAUCGACCACCAUUGGGAGACGUAACGGUCCCUGUCGGAGCGGUGGUUCUUACUCCAUCUACUAUGCCCUGGCUGUUGCCAGCAAACAACUUAAUCUCGAGCAUAGACCCGACUUCACCAACACGGAGCCGGCUGCUAAGAUUGGCCCCUUCCCUCAAUGGGGAGAUCCCAAGAAGAUUGUCGCUAUGGAUCCCUGGGGCCAUCUGUCUCCCUGGCUCUUCAAGGACACUAUCGAGAAGCAUAACGGUGAGUAG